ACUCUAACCUCUGAGGCCAAUUGAAGAAAAAAAAGAAGAGGAUCGAAAACUUUUCCUCUGUCUUCGCUCUCCUAUAGUCUUUCAUUGCGCUUGUAUUUUUUGCCGAGUUCUUAAAUUCGAUAAACCGAGUCCCUAACCACAAUUCAAGAUGGGUAGGGAGGACAAGGCAACCUGGAAAUCCAAUUAUUUCACCAAACUUAUUCAACUCUUGGAAGACUACCCCAAGUGUUUCAUUGUGGGCGCUGACAAUGUCGGCUCUAAACAAAUGCAGCAAAUCCGCAUCUCGCUCCGUGGCAGCGCAGUGGUCCUCAUGGGGAAAAAUACCAUGAUGCGCAAAGCCAUCAAAGGCCACGUAGAUCGCAACCCAGCUUUGGAGAAGAUCUUACCCCACAUCAAGGGUAAUGUAGGGUUUGUCUUCACCCGGUCGGACCUUGUAGAGAUCCGUGACAAGCUACUCGAGAACAAAGUUAGGGCCCCAGCCCGUAAUGGAGCUAUCGCACCUCUGCCUGUUGUUAUUCCAGCACAGAACACUGGAUUGGGUCCCGAAAAGACUUCUUUCUUCCAGGCUUUGAGUAUUCCAACCAAGAUUUCGAAGGGUACCAUUGAAAUCAUCAACGAUGUCCACAUUUUGAAACCUGGCGACAAAGUUGGUGCUUCAGAAGCCACACUUCUGAAUAUGUUGAACAUUUCUCCAUUCUCUUAUGGUCUUCAAGUGGAACAGGUUUACGAUUCUGGCACCAUCUUUGCCCCAGCAAUUCUGGACAUCAAACCUGAGGAUCUGAGAGAGAAGUUCCUCGCUGGUGUUGCUAACUUAGCUGCCGUCUGUUUGAGCAUCGGGUAUCCUACAACAGCCUCUGCUCCUCACAGCAUUGCUAACGGAUUCAAAAAUCUGUUGGCUAUUGCUGCUGUUACUGACGUUGAAUUCAAGGAAGCUGCUACCAUCAAGGAGUUCAUCAAGGACCCAAGCAAGUUUGCCGCCGUCACUGCAGCUCCUGUGGCCGCUGCAGCUGCUGCCGAACCUGUAGCCGCCAAGAAGGAAGAGAAGAAAGAGGAAUCCGAGAGCGAGGAUGACGAUAUGGGCUUCGGUCUUUUCGACUAGAUUCGUCCUGGGUUUUUACGAAUUGACUUGUUUAUUUGCUGUUUGUUGAGUCAGACUGUCAAUUAAAUGAUGGAACAUAUUUAA